UUAUAUUCCAUAAACAUACGCAAUACUGUUCAAAAUUUCCAACAUAACUAUCGAUAUAUUUGACCUUUUGUCUUUUGUUUUAUUGAUAAUUUCAGACUGUAUAUAUAUAUAUAUGUACACAUGUGCUCAAGGCUACAGAGAGGAAAAAUCAAGUCCUUGAUUUUUGGUGGUUGUGUUCUGAAUUUUUAAGGUUUGUUUAUUCGUUUGCUUUUGUUUUAUAGAUUGGUUUCGGUUCAGUGGUCUUUUUGAUGAAUGAUCAAUGGAUAAAACAGAAGUGGGUUUUUUUUUUUUUUUUUGAGGUAAAGUUUUGGUUUUUUGGAUAAAGAAUGUUCCCUUGGUCUUUGUGCUGAAUCUGUUUCAUUUUUUGCUGAUUUGGAUUGUCUUGUUCUUGAGAUUUCAUUAGUGGGUUUUUGGUUUAAUUUACAUAUCUUACUGCAAUCCUGAGAAUUUGGGAUUUUACUCUCUAUUCACUGGAGUUUUAUAAUUCAAAUACCAAAAACAAGUGAAUAUAGUUAAAAUUGUUGGAAGUUUUGAGUUGAAAUCUUUCCCCUUUGGUAUUCGUGGUUGGUGGGUCAAGAAGAUCAAGGAAAAAUGAAAGGGAAAGUUGGUACUACAGGGAAUUUCUUUGUGUUGAAUACUGGAGCUAAAAUUCCUGCCAUUGGGCUUGGAACAUGGCAGAGUGGAGGAGACCUCUGUGUUGAUGCUGUGAAAACAGCAUUGUCGGUUGGUUACCGCCAUAUAGAUUGUGCACAUCUUUAUGGCAAUGAGAUUGAAGUUGGGGAAGCAUUGGCUGAAGCCUUCAAAGGUUCUUUGAAAAGAGAAGAUGUUUUCUUGACCUCUAAGCUUUAUUGUACCAUGAAUUCAUUGAAUAAGAUUGACAACUAUGUUAGGGUGUCUCUUAAAAAUCUUGGAGUCUCCUACUUGGAUCUUUAUUUGAUGCAUUGGCCUGAGAGCUCAGGUUUUGGAGAUGCAACUGAUCCUCCUUUAAUGUCUGGGAGUAAGCAUAGGCAGUUUUUGAAUCGGCUGAAGAAGGUAUGGAAGGCGAUGGAAUCCCUAGUCGAAUUGGGUUUGGUUAGAGCUAUUGGUGUCAGCAAUUUCAGUGUUCAUCAAAUCAAAGAACUGCUUAAAUUUGCAAAAAUCGUACCUGCAGUUAAUCAGGUGGAGCUGCAUCCUUUUUGGAGGCAAGAUGAACUGGUGAAGUUCUGCCAAUUGAAAGGUAUCCAUGUCUCUGCUCACACUCCUUUGGGAGUACCUACUUCAAGUCCUGGAGUGUCUGAUAGUGGAUCAGGUGGGGAAGAUGAACCUGGAACUCCUCGCAUUUCAUUUAGGAGGUCUAGAUCAGUGCAUGGACCAAUGCUGAAAUUGUCAGUUGUUGGAAAGAUAGCAGAUAGGCACAAAAAAACACCGGAGCAGGUAAUUCUACGGUGGGGGUUACAAAGAGGAACCAGUGUUCUACCAUGCAGUCUAAAGCCUGACAGGAUAAAGCAGAAUAUAGACAUCAUUAAUUGGUCUCUGUCGGAUGAUGAAUGGAAGCGCUUGAAUCAGAUUGAACCACAGGUAUGUUUAUUCGGAGAUGGUCCUCUCAACAAUCUAUCAGAUAGAGGCCUCAUGUUCGGUAGCUGUCCCCUUCAAGCUGUGCGCGAAAUGGAAGAUGAUGCAGAAUCCAACGCCUAAUACUUGUGAACAUGUUAAGAUAACGUUCCAUUUACAUUCAACCAUGUCAUUGUGCAGUUAUAAUAUUGCUAAUGUCCCCCAUUGUUUGCAAUACUUUGAGUUCGUGGAUUAUGUGUAGAAAGUCAAAGAAAGACAUUAUUAUUGAUCAUAGUGGCAGGGUUUUUUCUUUAUGAACCAAAGUUUGUUUCAUAUAUAUAUAUAUUGAACAAAAGUAGCGUGUUUUGUAUGUAAACAUCAUGAAAUGUCAAUUAUCAAUGAAAAUUUUCUAAAGGAAAUGUAACUUUCAGUUGAAGUUAUUGUGCCAAACUUGGUUUUAGUUUGCACGUAAUAAACUUGGUAUCUGGGUGGCCCAUGGUUGAAUUACAAACAACUAAUCAAAGAUAAUCUAGUUUAUUUACGAUAUGAGGUGGGAUCAUGACCUGU